AUGUGGUUUUCUACUGUCAGUGCGCUUGUUGCGCUUGUCUUUUUGCGUGGCGUGAAGACUCAAGACAGCUACAAAGAGAGGGUGCAUGCUUCUGUCAUAUUUACGCGGCAUGGAGAGCGUACGCCCAUUGCGCUUUCGAACUCUUUGACCUUGACACCGCUUGGAGCUCAGCAAAUGUACCAAGCGGGCUCCGUCUUCAGAAACCGCUACGUUGUCAACGAUCCGUCAUCGCCACUGAAUGCCAUUAUUGGCCCUGAUUUGAUUUCGGGCAUCUCAACAUCCUUGAACAAUGAUGAUCUCUAUAUUCUCUCGACCGACGACGAAUACGUUGCUGCUUCUGCGCAGGCGUUUGUCCAGGGCUUGUAUCCCCCUACCGGCGACUUCAACGGCUCAAGCAUCAAUCCGUUCACCGAGUCUAUCCUUGCAAAUGGGACAUGGAUUGAUAGCCCGUUGGGCGGAUACCAAUAUCCACUGAUCCAGACGACCUCAUCGCUCGACCCUAACAGCAUUUGGGUGCAAGGCGACGAAGAUUGCACAGCAUACACCCUAUCCGGCGCGGCGUACUACGCAACUAGUGAGUUUUACGAUACCGCGGCUGCAACGAAUACCUUUUACGAAAAUCUGGGUGCGACCAUUCUCGACGGAGUGUUCCAGAAUGAAUCCAUUGGUUAUUAUAAUGCCUAUCCAAUCUACGAAUAUGCCAAUUACGGCUACCAGCACAACAUGACAAUCCGGAGCAUUCUCCUCAUGGACUCUGAUUUGCAAGACCUCCGCAAUCUCGCCAGCCAGCUGGAAUUCGCGCAAAACGGAAACCUGACCGCCGAUGGGGGCAUCAGGGCCAUGGCCGGACGAACACUUGCCUCCAAGGCUCUCGGGCUCCUUGCCAACAAUAUCGAAACUGGCGGCACUGAGAACAAGCUGAACGUCAUGUUUGGUGGAUUUGAGCCUUUCCUCGCUUUUUUUGCGCUCGCACAGUUGCCCAUGGUUUCCGGAAACUUUUACGGACUGCCGGAAUAUGCAAGUUCCAUGGUUUUUGAGCUCUUCAGCAUCGAUAUCCCCGCUAGCAACAACCAAACGUAUCCUCAGACUGACGAUCUCAUGGUGCGCUUUCUCUUCCGCAACGGCACCGAUGAAAACGCCGAUAUGAUUUCUUAUCCGCUCUUUGGUCGUGGUCGCAGCGAGACCGACAUGUCGUGGUCCGAUUUCUCCACCGAAAUGGAGGCAAUUGCGCUCUCGGACAUUGCCCAGUGGUGCAACGUCUGCGAGGCAUGGACAUUAUUCUGCAUGGCAUAUACAAGCGACAAUUCCACCUCUUGUCUAGGCGGCAAUGAUGACGAUGACGACGACAAGGACAGCAACGUGACGCCUCAAGUCGCAGGAGUCAUUGGCGCUGCUGUCACUCUCGGUGUCGGUAUGAUUGCCUUUGCAAUUGCCAUGCUCCUUUUCGGAGUCCGCUUCCAUCGCAACAACGGCAGGCGAAGAAGCUCCGGAUUCGGCGGCUUCAAGGGCCCAGAAAAGAUGGACUCGGAUGCGGACCUUACUAUUGUCAAGAAUGCCGCAGGUGUCGCGGUCGAGCCGAGAACUCAUGAGCGCGUAGGAAGUUGGGAAUUGUCCGACUCGCCAACCGCAGCUGGUGGUGCAGGUAAUGCUGCUGCUGCUGGCGCAGGUGGACAAGCCCCACCUCGUCCGGAGCGCUCAUGGAGCCAAAUUUCUGGUCUGCAGCGGAAUGGCCAACGGCACGCGAGACUGGAUGACCAUGACGAAGAUGAUAUCGGAGUCGAUCCGUAUACGAAACCAGUGCGCAUUGACGACAGGGUGUAA